AGUCGUAAUAAGCUGUGCUUUAGCAUCGCAAAUGUAAAGUGCCUUCCACGUCCCGGCUUACUUUGCGUUUUGAUAGCUAUUUUCGCCAAAACUUCACCAACUGACGAAAUUAAAUACAGGGUCUUUGUGUGACGAACCGUUGAUCUGGCUUUACCAAAAAUCCACAACAGUUGUCCAAAACAAACUAAUUUGGCUGCAACUUAACCACAGUCGACACGGAUAUAAAACUGCAAGACAGUGAUUGAUGGAAGAAAUCAAGUUUUCUGACCCUCACAGUCACGCUCCGUAUGGCAAAGAUGGGUCUGGGUACUACUCGACAAACGUCCUCGCAUGCUACGAUGUGAACGAACUGGCGAUUAACCUCAUGCUGAAGGCAGCUCGUUCCAUUCCUGUCGACAGCAAUUCAUCAGUGUUUACCUUAGUGGAUUACGGAGCAGCUGACGGAGGGACUUCUAUGCCUCUCGUGUACGCAUGCGUCAAAGAAUUGCGUAAAAAAUAUGGGGAUGAGUUGGCAAUACACGUCAUCUACGAGGACCAGCCCAUCAAUGAUUUCAAGUCGUUGUUCAUGCUGUUACAAGGCUUGAUUCCCGGCCCACCUAGUUUCCAUGUGGAUUUCCCAAAUGUUUUUGUCACAGCCAGUGGGACUAGUUUCUACAGUCAGUGUGUUCCCAACAACAGCGUGACUAUUGGUUUUUCUGGUACGGCAUUUCAUUGGUUGCGUGACAAGCCAUGUGAUAUCACGGAUGCCACAAGUUACGUUGCAUCUACUGUUCCUGAAGUAAAACAGAAAUACCGAGAACAAGCUGAAAAAGACUGGGAACUAAUACUGAUGAAAAGAGCUGCAGAAUUGAUGCCGG